CCACCAUCUCUUCUACACACCGACCGAUGUUCCGCACAGCCGUGCGACUCCAGUGGAAGCGGCGUGCAGGCGGCGCGCAGGGUGGACCCAUCAGGCCUGUGCCCCUCGUCCGGCUACCCCCCAAGGCGCGCGUGUUCCCCUUCGGCUCGGUUAGCGAAGAAAGCGCGCUCCUCCGCUUUCCCGAGCAGGGGUGGAAGGUGAACGAUGGAGGCUCCGAAGGCUGGGCAAUUGUCGGUGAUGCGCCAGGGCGCAGACUGGCCGUGGAGACUGUGCUUGGCCGGCAUCGCAUCGCGCCCAACUCGCCGCCGCCUGGCCCACUGCCAGUGAACGCGAAGCUGCCGCCAACAGACGCGAUCGACAGGGAGACAUGGAAACCCGUGCAGUACCUUGCGUUCGCCAAGCCGUCCACUAGCGGCGAGUUCACCGAUUACACAGCGCGCUACGGGGCGCUGCAAGAGGAGGACAAGUUGACGGUGCGGCAGCGUCUCGAGGCGUCCUUUGGGCCGAGCGCGCAGGCGGCGAAGAAUGUCUUCGAGGCCAUGACCCUGCUCGGGAUGCAGCAUUUGGUCGAUAUGCCAUACAUCGCACUGUCAUCAGGGCAGAUGCGGCGCGCGCGCAUUGCGACGGCGUUGAUGACGCGACCGGCGAUGAUGCUCCUCGAGGAGCCGAUGGCGGGGCUGGACGCGCAGUCCAGGCUGGUUGUCGACGACGUGCUCGGAGCGGUGAAUGCGGGCGAGCGCGAGGCCCGCAUCGUACUCGUGCUGAGAGACCGGGAGGAGGACUUGCCCAGCUGGAUCACGAACAUUGUCGACGUGCGCGAGGGCGAGGUUUGGGUCGGGACAAGGAGGCAAUGGGAUGUGCGGAGGUCGGCACAGUCACGCAGGGAGCAGAAGGAGGAAAAGCCGGAUGGGAGCAGGACGAGCAACGAGUCGCCGCUAGUGCGGCUCUCUCAUGUCUCGGUCAGCUAUGCGGAAGGAACACGCCCUGUUCUCAAGGAUGUCGACUGGGUCAUUCGUCCAGGUGACAAGUGGCAUCUGCAGGGCGCCAAUGGCUCGGGCAAGACGACACUUCUCUCACUCAUCCUCGGCCACCACCCGCAAAGCUACUCGCUACCUCCCGCCGCUCUGACGCUCUUCUCCCAACCGCGGAGGAUGGUCCCAACGCCCAUCCUGAGGCGGUUGAUCGGGCACACCUCCCCUGAGGUGUUCUCUGCGUUCCCGCGGAACAUGGGAAUGACGGCGGCGCAGGUGAUCGCGACUGGUUAUGAGGGCGUCUUCUCCCGCCGCCCAAUCAACGAGGAGCAGAAGGUGCGCAUUCUGUCUCUCCUCGAGUUCUUCGCACCCCACCUCGCGACGACACGUACGGGCGAGCCUGCCGACAUGACAGCGAGAGAGAUUGGAAACAGAAACUUUGCGCACUACACACCUGCGCAGCAGGCCCUGCUUGUCUUCCUGCGUGCAAUUGUGGCUCGCCCACCGCUCUUGAUUCUUGACGAGCCGACGCAGGGUGUCGAUGAGGGAAUCUGGCGCCGCUGCUUCGAGCUGCUCAAAAAGGAGUGGGAGGAGAUGGAGGAGAGUGGGACUGAGCAGGCGUGUGUUGUCGUUUCGCACUACGACGACGAGGUGCCGUGGCGUAACGGCAAGGUGCUUCGGCUCGAGGACGGUGUUGCGACCAUCCCAGGAGAUGCUCCCAAAGUCUGAGGAUUUGGUGAAACACUCUUCUUACCUCCAUCAUCUCUCGUAAAACAAUGUAGUGCAAGCAAUGUAUAUCAUAGUCCUCCUAGGCAACAAGUAGAGUCAAUGUCACCUGGAGCA